AUGGAAAAGUUUUCAGCAUGGAGAGAUAGGGCGACGGGGAUAUCCCCAUUUAUGCCCCAAAAAGUCCCAAACAAACAAACUAGCUUCAACAAAUAUCUAUUCAGUUUAGUACGAGUGCCUAUAUUCAUUCUUAAAUUACCAUUUUUCGCAAUCUGUGGAUUACUCUACAGUAUUACCGGGUUCAAUUUCCUCUUGAAUUUUAUAUUCACCUUUUUAUUGGCAUUUAAUCCUAUAGAGUAUUCAGUUGAUGGGGUAAAAAAGUCUCAAACAUUUCAAUUACAGCAAUAUAAACCUCAAAAAUCAGACUUGAUAAUUGCAAACUAUAUAUCUCCGUUAGAUGGGUAUAUAAUGGCAUUGUUAUGUCAUAGCAAUUCCAAUAUGGUGAUUGUAGCACCAGACAAACAGGGGAAACUAUACAAGUACAAUCCUUGGACAUUGAUGAAGUUUUGUUUCUCCAAACAAGCUCAUGGUGAUGGUGUUCCAGUAGAUGAUCUUUGCAAGUAUCAUGAUAAAAUUGUCUUUUUAUUGUUAGAAGGAACAACAUCAAAUAACACUGCAUUAUUGCCAUUUAUCAAGCUCGACUCAAAGUACCAAAUUGAUCAGUUUGAAAUCAAGGCCUUGGUGAUGAAACUAUAUCCUCAAUUUUUCACAUUACCUAUAGCCAAUUAUACUCCCUUGUAUUAUUUAUUUCAACUAUUAACUGAUUUUGGUAAGAAAAAUGUCAAAUGUAAAAUUUACAAAUUUGAUGGCAAACAAACUGAUGAAAAAUUGAAUUUGAAUCAGGUGAGAAAAGCAUUUGAAUUGAAUUCGUUGAAUCUGGUUCAUGGAGAUUUGAGUAUCGAAGCUAAGCAAAAAUUCAUCACCUAUUAUACCAAUUAUGAGGUAAAAAAGUAA